UGCUAAGCAACGUAUCAACAAAAGAAGCAGCUGGGCUACCGACUGCAGACUUCAUAAUGAAUGACUAAAGUAUGGUGCUAUAAAACGAGUUACCAGUAGGCCUAUAUGAACCUUGAAUUCGUAAAAUAUGGCAACAACCGCCUCAUUCUAUGAUCCUGAUGGCAUCCUCUGCGAUCGAAAACUUAUUUCUAUCUCUACAAUGAUCGGCCAGCAAUAUCCACAGCUAGGAAGGCAGUUAGGUCUUUCGGAGAGCCAGAUUGCCGACGUUAAAGCUAAGUUUCCGGAUAAUAUGCAGCAUCAGAUAUUCCAUAUGCUUGCAUUGUGGAGGGAACAACAUCGUACCGAUGCAACUAUGACCAGCCUCUUAAACUCAGUAAAACGUCUUGGCUGGAUUUCAGUUUACACACAGAUCAUAAAUACACCUGAUAAUUUCUACGUGGUAUUGUGACCUAUGCUACAGGAGUGAGGCAGACAAUUUAAUCAUAAUAUCAUAAUCUGCUUUCCUGCAUUCUCACGUAUCAUACAUAGACGCAUUGUGACGGGCUUGAUUGGUUGAGACCAAAGGAGGUACUACUAUUCAUGUAAACGUGGUAUUGUGACCUAUGCUACAAUGGACUGAGGCAGACAAUUUAAUCAUAAUAUCAUAAUCUGCUUUCCUGCAUUCUCACGUAUCAUACAUAGACGCAUUGUGACGGGCUUGAUUGGUUGAGACCAAAGCAGGUACUACUAUCCAUGGUAACUACCUCAAGUCAGAGAUGGUAACGUCAGGGGGUCGGGGCCCUGUCGGGCAAUGGAUGGACCCCCAGCCAUCUGACCCAACGACGAGGUCAUUUACUGAUCCAAUGAAUGAGAAACAGAUUUUUGAAUAUUUAAAAACUGGGUUUAAAAGUGGGGAAGGAGUGGUUACGCCCCAUUUUCCCCCAGUUUUUAAAUAUUAAAAAAUCUGUACAGGUAUCUCAUUAACCGCUUCCGAGUUUUUCGUUAAAUAUGUUUUUUGUGUCUUAAAAAAAAUCAGUUCAAUAAUAUAAACAAAAAUGUUUUUGUUCCGGAGCCUGGUUCCCGUCAAUAAACUCAAUUACUGUAGUUUAAAAUGUACAAUAGAUUAAGAUAACCCUUAUAUUUUCAUUGAUGAAUCCACUUUCCCUUCUUAGCUAUCGGCUGCUGAAUAAUAAGCAUGUCAAUUGAAAUGGUUGUGAAAAAUUAAAAAAAAUACACAUACAGUUGAUAAUGUAGCAAUUAUACCCAUACCAUGGGUAUAAUUCCUGACUACUGCCACUUAUGAACGAAGAUGUAACUGGUUCUUUCGUAUGGUAAUUUUAUACUAUAUAACUGUGAACCCAUGCACAUGCAAAUGUUUGCAUAAUUGAUUUUUUUUUACAAGAACAAUAAAACAUUUUAUUUACAAUAAA